AUGUCCAAAGAAAGCGAAGAACAGCUGACGGCAGAGAAGACGCUGAUAAAGGCCAUCUCAGGAGGAGACUUCCAGGAGGUGGUAAACAUUGUCUCGACGAGUGAUGUGAACAUCAACUGCAUCGACGAGAAUGGCAUGUCGCCCUUGCAGCAUGCCGCCUACAAGGGAAACCUGAAGAUGGCGAAGUUCUUCCUAGACCGAGGCGCAAACGUGAACCAGAAUGACCACGAGCACAAGUACACGGCGCUGAUGUUUGCCGCACUUGGCGGACACACGGCAGUGCUUAACCUGCUGCUGGAACAUGGCGCCAACAUUGACGCUAUCAACUCUGUGGGACGGAAUGCUUCGCAAAUGGCUGGCUUUGUAGGCCAGCAACGUUCGGUGGCAGUUAUCAACAACUUUAUUCCUCGUGAGGCCAUCGAGUACUUCAGCAAACUGAACGGAGUAGAAAAGACGCCCCGACUAUCGGUUCGCUUCAUUCAUCCAGUGCAUGCCUUCGUUCGCCUGGUGAACGUCAAUCCAGUGCGCAUUCUAUACUUCUUCAAUACAAACUUGGCGCUUUUUGAGGAGCCAAAGAUGAUUCACACCGUUCUCGAGCUGAUCUGCGAGAAGUUGAUGCGUUGCAGUGAGCCCAAGGAGAUGCUCUCUCUGAAGGUGCACUACCUGAACUUUAUUUUCUGGGAAGUUGUCCAGAAGGCUUUCAGCCAGUCACCGAAGAACGUCAUUCACGUGGCGGAUGGCUCUGUUUGUAAGAAGGUUGCCGAGAACAUUUUGCACACACUAGCCAAGAGCUUUCUGAAGCUGAACGCCAAAGGCUUUCCCGAAGGUGUCGAGCGCCUGCUGCGACAAAUUGUCCGCUCCUAUCCCUACCAGGAGAAUGCCAUCUUUCAGCAGCUGGUGCAGACACUGUCCAGUGUAGAGAUUGGCGAUGAGCCCAGUGCGCUGAGCAUUCUCACGCAGGCCGUCAUCGGCAAGGGACAGGACAGCGAGACCAACAUUUGCUCUACCUGUGGUGAGCUGAAGCCAGACAAACGGUGCUCCAAGUGCAAAAUGGUCAUGUACUGUGACGCCACAUGCCAACGCCUUCACUGGAACAGCCACAAACUGUCCUGUGAUCAGCUGUUGGCGCAGUACAAACGAGAACAACUGAUGGAGGAAGAGCUGAAGAAGAAGCAGGCUGAGGAGAAGGAGGCCAAAGCAAAAGAGGCAGAGGCCCUUAGUGAAGAGGCUGAGAAGAAGGAGUCUGCUGAGACGACCACUUUGGACGAUCAAGGGGACCAGAACUCAAAGGAGAACAAUGAACCAAAUGCGCAACAAGCUGAAGUUGAUAGUUGA